AUGAGGAGGUUUUUGGUUCCUAGAACAAGUAUUGAGAAAGUGAAUGUUAAGCAAUCGGAAGCCGAAGUAGAAGAAACACCCCCUAAUGUGGCCAACGAGUUUAAUCCAAAUGAGAUUGUGCGUGAUCCAGGAUGUAGGAAACAAAUUCACGAGUAUGCUCCUGAUAUUCAAGACCAAGUGAGGAGGGCAUAUAUAUUUAAGGGUCCAACGCAACCAGAUUUAGCAAGAUUUCCUCGUACUCAAUUUGGGAAGUCUUCAAGAGCAUUUUGUAAAGCUUGGUAUAAGAGUUAUACAUGGAUUGAAUACAGUGAGUCAAAGGAUGCAACUUAUUGUUUCUAUUGCUUUCUCUUUAAGCCUCCCGGGAGGGCCGAACACUUUGGUUAUGAAGUCUUCAACAAAGACGGAUUUAAAGAUUGGAAGCAUGCAUCUAAAGCCUUUAAAGAUCAUAUUGGUAGUCAUGAUAGUAAGCACAACUCAUGUAUGAAGCACUAUGAUGAUUAUAAUAAUCAAAGACAAAGUGUGACAAGUAUCUUUGCUAGAGCAACUAGGGAAUCAGAAGAAUUGUAUAAGAUCCGUUUGACUUGUUCUUUAGAUUGUACUAGAUAUCUCAUAGCACAAGGCAUUGCUUUCCGUGGCCAUGAUGAAAGCUCUACUUCUCUAAACAAGGGAAAUUUUAGAGAGAUGGUGGAUUGGGUAAAAUUUAAUGAUGAAAAAGUAAGAGAUGCUUUUGAUCGUGGUCCAAAAAAUUGCACAAUGACUUCCCGUGACAUUCAAAAGGAGCUUGCAAUGUGUUGUGCACAUGAAGUCACCAAGGUGAUUAUGGAAGAGCUUGGUGAUAGACAAUUCUCUGUGCUUAUUGAUGAGUCACGUGAUAUAUCUGUCAAAGAACAAAUGGCGGUGAUGUUGAGGUUCUUGAACGACAAAGGGAAAGUUGUGGAACAAUUUAUUGCUCUACAUCAUGUCAAAUAUACUACAUCUGAGGCACUAAAGGAUGCUCUUUAUGGUAUUCUUGAUCGCCACACGUUAUCUAUUUCAAGGAUACGAGGGCAAGGAUAUGAUGGGGCUUCAAAUAUGAGAGGUGAGUUUAAUGGUUUACAAAGAAAGAUUCUAGAUGAAAACCCUUAUGCUUUCUAUGUCCAUUGUUAUGCUCACCGUUUGCAAUUGGUGGUUGUGUCCGUUGCUAGUAGUUGCUCAUCUAUUCAUGAUUUCUUUGAGUACAUCUCCUUGAUUGUAACCACAACAAGUGCAUCUUGCAAGAGAAAUUAUGCUUUGAAGGAGGCACAACACCGAGAAAUUUUGAAUAGACUUGAGAGUGGUGAGAUAUCUCAAGGAAAGGGCUUGCACCAAUCAUCUAGUCUUGCUAGACCCGGAGAUACUAGAUGGGGUUCACAUUAUACUACCUUGAUUCGUUUGGAUCAGAUGUGGUCCUCCGUGUUAGAGGUGCUUAUUAUUGUUGAUGAAGAUGGACGUGGACCAUCCCAAGCGGCGGGUUUGAUAGAAAAAAUGGAGAGCUUUAAAUUUGCUUUCAUUUUGAAGUUUAUGUUAAAUUUUCUUAAUUUUUGA